AUGUUCAUCCCGUGGCUCGUUGAAGAGGAACACCACUACUGGUACUGGGGCUCGCUGGCGUGGCUUGUAUAUCUCGUGUCUGCAAGGGCUCGCGGACCAGACCGCCCUCUUGUGCCCUCUGUAGGUCUCGUGGCUCUGCAGUUCCUGAGCCAGUGCGUCAAUCAGAAUGGCACCAAGUACUCCAUCGCCGAGCACAUGGACGAUUUCAUUUUUGAAAACCCCGCGGUUCUCUGGAUCCCUGUGCUUCUAUCUCACACUUGUGCUGGUUUAUCCAUUGCCCAAAACCUACGUGCUGGACUGGGUCGACACGCAGCCUUUGGCGCCGCGCUGGCGCUGUGUGCGGCCGCCGUCAUCUUCAAGCUCUCGUCGACCUAUGAUUUCAACCCGGAACUGCUGGGUUUCGCGUCUCAGCAGGCACAGCAUUUCAUAGCUACGCUGAGUCAAGACCGUCUUCUUAAAGCUUUUUGGACUGGCCUGUUGAGUUGCCUCGUCUACUACCUGCUACAUCAUUGGCUUGGGGCCAAGCCUUUGCGAUCGGAUACUAUAAGGAAAGUGGUUGAGCUGUUCAACUUGUACCUUCGAUCGCAGACGCGUCCCAAAAACCUUCCCUUGUUUCUAAUGUUCGACUAUCAGCUUCAGGUCUUGUUGAAGAUGAAUCUGUCGGCUGUUGAAACGGCAACGACUGUGCUCCUGUUGGGCCAAAGCGGCUUCUACAGCAUGGGGCGGAGCAACUCCAUCGCCACGCUCGACCUACUGAAUGGUUUCAACGGACUCGGUGCAUCUAGUGUGGUUGGCGUCAUGCUGCAAACCGUCUUGAGCAAUUGGAUCGGCCCUGUUUGGUGGCUGUUUGCCGGCCUGCGUCUCUUGUCAUCGCAGGCAGAUACAAAACAAGAGCCCUUCGGGGGGAAACAGAAUGGCAACGCCGUGAGUUUCCAUGACAAACAGUCGUCAUCAAGCAGACGUGUCGAGGGGCGAAAAUCUCGAGUUGAAGCCGGCGAAUCCCCUUAUUUUGAGUAUUUAGCCCUUCACACCAUGUUCUCGGGCCUGAGCUCGCUGGCGCUCACCGUCGUCUGCGUAUACACAUGGGGUCAUGAAGAUCUCUGGAACGUAUUUGCUCCCAAGUUCAUAAAUGCAUCUCUGUGGGCAUUCUUUUAUCAGUUGGUCAUGAACUGCCUGGGCUGCUCGUCCGUGUGGUUUAUAAUCAACGAUGCGGAGUGA